GCAAUGUUGAUUUUAAUUUCAUUUCUUUAGCGGAUGUUCCUAUUGGUGGUAUAUGUGUAUCAAAUAUUCAGUGCAGAGGCUCAAACUACUCUGGUGUUUGCUGGAAUUUGAGAUGUACCUGUAGAGCGGGAUGUACUGCCAUACAAAACAGUUGUUACCCGAAUGCAGAAAAAGUGACUUUAGGUGGGUUUUGUCAUUGGAAAUGGCAAUGCACUGGUACUUUUAAUGCAGACGUGUGCAAGGAUAAUAGAUGUACCUGCAAGAGUGGUUUUAUAUCACACAACCAAAGAUGUUUUCAAGCUGAUGUUCCUAUCGGUGGUCUAUGUGUGUCGGAUAUUCAGUGUAGAGACGCAAACUAUUCUGCUGUAUGCUUGAAAUGGAAAUGUACAUGUAGAGAGGGAUAUACUGCAAUACAAAACAGUUGUUUUGAAGGUAGCGUGGCUUUUGGUGGGUUUUGUCAUUGGAACAAGCAGUGUACUGGAAGUUUAUAUGCAGACGUGUGCAAGAAUAAUAGCUGUGUCUGUAAGAGUGGCUAUAUAUCAUACAACCAAACAUGUUAUCAAGGUAACGUAGCUAUUGGUGGGUUUUGUCAUUGGAACGAACAGUGUACUGGAAGUUUACAUGCAGACGUGUGCAAGAAUAAUAGCUGUGUCUGCAAGAGUGGCUAUAUAUCAUACAACCAAACAUGUUAUCAAGAAUUGAAUUUUGAUAAUGUAUGUUUUUCCUGGAAUCAAACAUGCAAAGACUUAACAAGAGAGUGUAGUAUUCUACGCAAUCAAAACGUUGGGAUAUGUGUUUGCAAAUUAGAAUAUCUAGGAUUUGGAGCAAUCUGCUUAGAAGGAAACCUUAAAAUUAACCAGUCCUGUGAGCGAAAUGAACAGUGCACUGCUACACAAGACUUGGAAUGUCAGAAUGGAACAUGUAUGUGUCGAGAUUGGCACGUACCUGUUAAUGAGACUUACUGUAUACCAGUUAAAAUAAAUGGAAAGGAGGCAGGCAAAAUGUUUUUAAAUCGAGAACAAGCAAAUGGAUUAGGAGCUACAAUAGGAUCUGUUUUCGGGGGCUUCUUUCUAGGAGUAGUUUUUAGUGCUCUUAUUGCAUACUUAAUAUCCAGAAGAUAUAAGACCAGCAUGCCAAAACGUGACGAGACAAGUAUAAAAUUUGACAGACAUAGUGCCCACAUUGCACCGAUGUCUGAAAGCAACCGGACUCAAUCAGCAAAAAAUACGGAACAGACUUAUAAGCGAAAGAUCGUUAAUGUUCCACCCUACUCACCUUCAAUGGAAUCCCCAACGUACAGUAACGUUAAAGAGGCUAAAACAUCACAGAUGAAAGAAGAUGAUGUCUACAACCAUCUUCACGAAAAAGAGGAUGAGGAAACGGAGAACGUAUACAACCAAGCUUCCUGUUCCUCUGGUCAGACUACGGAAGACGAUUACGGCCAUUUAAAUGCAGGACGAAGUAAUGAAGGAGUUGUCUUACCUGAAGACGAUGUGUAUGCUCACACGGAAGCAGCGAAUAACGACAACUAUUUUGUCCUUGAAAAUCAAAGUCAAAUCUGAAGAGAAGAUUUGCAUUUUUUUUAUUGCUUUGUGAAUUAAAAUUUUUCUUUUAACUUUGUAAUGAUUUUAAGAUGAUUUCAUGAGAUGUUUUGAGCUACCUUAAAGAAAUGUUUAUUACAAUGUUUACAGUUUAUGAAGAUCUUUUUUAUUAUUGAAUAUUCAUUUCGUUUAUUCAGACUGAGUUUAUUUUUUUAAGAAAAAUAUAGUUUUAAGGACAGAUGAUAAAACAAACUUAUGUCAAAAUAUUUUAAAAUAACCUUGAAAAUAACACCUUUAAUCAUGUUUAAAUUAGUAAAAUGAUUAAGUUUCACCACGUAGUUUUUAAUCUUUUAUUCAAAAUUUCACAAAAAUGGAAUUUAAAUUAGAAAUAUUUGUAUAGAUAAAUAAGGAUGUUUCAGAAGGAAAGACUUUUGAACAUCACAGAAGGUUUACAAUUUCUUUACUUUCUAAAAUUAAGCCAAAACAUAUAUACCUAUCCAGGCAUCUAUUUUUUUGUAUCAUCUGUUCUUUAUAUUUGUAUUGUUUUAAGACCUCUUUUUUUAUUUAUUGAUUUUAUUGAAUUGUUUUAUUAUUUUCAUUAGUUUUUCCGAUAUACUUAUACUUCAUUCCUCAUUUAAUUUCUUUCAAUACAAUGCCAUACUGUCAAAUCUCUUCUUGAAAAGGUUUUAUAGAUACCCUUAAAAGGAAAACAGUUAAGAAAGCUUCAAGUCAACACUACUUUAUUGAAAUUCUUAUUAUUAUUUUUUAGUAAAGGUGAAUUUUGAUGGUUCGUGGCUUUAGCUCUUUCUGUUCACAUUGAACAUCAAUUUUUUCAAUUGUAUGUGUGUAUAUGUAUAUAGAAGCAGUUUCAAUUUAUACGAAAUUAGGUAUUUAAAAAUAUUUUCAGGCUUUCGUAUCACUGCGUACCAUUUUGAUUUCCGUUAUAAAAAUACAGAAACACACACACACACUCACACCCAUCCUCACCCACUCUAAAUCAGUAGUACGAAAUAGAACCGAACAAAGUCAUGUUAAUUGCUGAAGAUUUUGUGAAAUGAACACGAAGUAAAACCAUUGUUUACGAAAUUUCUGUAUGUAUACACAUGUAUGUUUAUAAAAAAAUUUUAAAAAAAAGUCAUCUUGCCUUUUUUAUCUUUAACACACCAUUGUCUUCAAAAUGUUUAUACAUCCGGCUUGAAAAGUGGGAGGGUACAUAGAGUAAUCGAGGUGUCUGUCCGUCCUUCUGUCUGUACGUUCGUCUAUUCGGCAACUCCUGCACCACUGAAUGAAAUUUAAUGAAUUAUUCACAGAAUGUUUGCUACAAAGUGCAAUUGUGCACCUCCUUUAUGGAUCGGACAUAUAUUUUGGGUUACCCAAAGCAAAACAUUGACCUGCCAUUCUUUCUAUAGUAUUGAAGGGGACCAAUCUCUUAUCUGGAACUCUGGAAUACCACUGAAUGAAAUUCAAUGAUACUUUCACGAAAUUUUAUUAUAUAAUGUUAUUGUGCACCUCCUAAUUUACUGUUUGAUACAACACUUAUUUAAGAUUAUCCAGAGCAAAACAUGGACUUUGCCAUUAAAAAGUAUGGGAGGCGGUGUAUCAUUUACUGAACUCAGUGCCCACAGUAGAUCUUUUUUUUUAUUUUAAUACUAAAUGUUAAUAAUAUGCAUUAGCACAAUUUUAGUAUGUCAUUAUUACA